AUUUCACGUGCUGCUGUGAACAAACUUUCUGUUUGGUUUUGUUCCUGGAGACAAACACACUGAUGCUAGCAAGAUGCCGACAUUUACUGUGGAGACCAACGUCAGCCAGAAGGAUUUCCCUCAAAACUGGCAUAAAGAGGCAACUGAUCUUAUUGCGAACAUCCUUUCAAAACCGGUGCAGUAUGUAUUGGUACAAUCGUUUCCUGAUGUUAACAUGACGUUUGCUGGAACUACAGAGCCUUGUGCCUCAGUCAAGUUAACUAGCAUUGGGGGCAUUAAUGAAAAAGCAAACAGAGGUCAUGUCACUACAAUCACAGAAUUUAUUGAAAGAACACUUAAGGUUCCAAGGGACAGGAUGUACAUCAAUUUCUUUGAUGGAAGAAGAGACAUGAUUGGGUGGAACAACAAGCUGUUUGCAUAAAAUUUUGCCCAAUCCUCAAUCUGUUUAGCAAGGAUCAGGUUAAUGACUGAUUACCUGUUAAAUCAGAGUGCUUUUGUGUUUCUCUGUUGUAGGACAAUCGUGGCACUAUAUCCUUGAAUGCAUCAAUGUUGCUUGCUGCUUUGCUUUUAAACAUGCUUGCUGCUCUGUCAUUAAGCUUGCUUGAUGCUUAAUUGAUGAACAUGAACAGGUUGAUACACUUAAGCUUAUCUACACCACAUCCCUUUUGUGAAUUGAUAUAAAGUUUCUUAGGGAGGAUAUUUAAGUUGCCUUUUAAAUAAAAACUCUGAUCAUAUAUUGUUAUAAUAAUCAUCAUCAUCAUUGCAAUUUUCAUCACCAUCAUUGCUACCAUUGUCAUUCCAUAUUUCAUUGUUCAUUUUAAUCGCCUGCAGUCUUGGUCAUAUUAUGCAAGUUUGGGUAUUAUUUUGUCUACAUAGAGUUCUUCGACAAGGACCAAUGAUAACCUGAUUCCAUUUGCCUUUCUGGGGUCUGUCCCAUCUACUGUUUCCAACAAUAUCCAGUUUCUGAGGCUGGGAAACUUUCUAGCUCUUACAUUGCUACAUUUUAUACAUACAGAAUAAAUCAUCUAUGAUGUGAAAUUUCAGGAUUUCUUGAAAAUCCUGAAGCAUAAAAUCAUAAAAAGUUACUUUUCACAUAGUCAUUGGCAGGUAUGUUUACAUAUAAAACAACAGUUUCCUUUUGAACCAGAUAAUUUUUUAAAGGUUUUUGGAUGCUUGCAAGAAGCAAUGUUGUUGUAUGAGAUAAUCAGUAAGAUACAAAAGGAAAAAGCCAGUAAGUUAUAAUAUAGAAUGGUAGAUUAAAUAACAUUUGAGUAAGAUAUAUUUUGUUCAAAAUGGUUCAAUGAGCAACAAACCUGAUGAUAAUAAAUGAUGCAUUUGGGACACAACUUAUUUUAACAACAAACACCUUGAUUUUGGUAGAAAACAACUGCAUUUAAAAUUUUCUAACCAACCUUGUAUCCUUUUCAAACAGAGGGCUAAUCAUUUAACUCAUCAAAUUUAUGAAGAGUUAAAGUCCAUAAAAUCCAUCUUUUUCAAAAAUUCCUGAUCUAUUA